ACGCAGCGCAAGCAGCUGAGCUGAGCGAAAAAAAAAAGAAGUGCCGGUUGAGUUGAGAUAUGUGGAAGUACUCUAGCUAGUAGUUCAGCCGUAUUAGGCUUCCCAUAUUACUUAGACUUAACGUUGUAGGGAGCUGGUAUUUGUAAUGUGUGUUUUCUGUGUAAUUGUGUAGUUUGUAUUUGUAAACUACAGGACAAUGAAUGACUACGAGGGUAUAAACAGUGCGCAGCCAGACAGAACUAGUAUUCAGGGACAUGAUGUUACCGAAUCGGCGCCUCUGCUCGCGAAUAGAAACCUGACCCAGGGAUCCCCAGGGGCCUCAUUUGGCUCCUCUGUGUUUAAUUUGAUGAAUGCCAUCAUGGGAAGUGGAAUCCUGGGGUUAGCGUAUGCCAUGGCCAGCACUGGGAUCAUAGGAUUUUGUAUCUUGCUUAUAAUAGUUGCCAGCCUUGCAUCAUAUUCCAUACAUCUACUUCUGAAAAUGUGUGACCAAACCGCCAUUACAUCUUAUGAAGAUCUUGGUCUCCGUGCUUUCCAGAAACCAGGCAAGGUUUUGGUUGCAAGUACUAUACUGAUUCAGAAUAUUGGAGCCAUGUCUUCGUACCUGUUUAUCAUCAAGUCUGAACUGCCUACAGCUAUUGCCGGGUUCCUUAGUGGUGACCAAAGCGGAGACCCUUGGUAUCUUGAUGGAAGGACUAUUCUCAUUAUCACAGCUGUCUGCAUUGUUCUUCCUCUUGCACUUCUUCCUAAAAUAGGUUUUCUUGGUUACACAAGUGGCAUAUCUUUCCUGUUUAUGGUGUACUUUGUUAUUGUAAUCAUAAUUAAGAAAUGGUCUGUUCCUUGCCCUCUUCCACAAAAUGUUACAGUAAGCUACUCACAGUUUUCAAAUUCCAGUGACUGUGUUCCAAAACUCUUUGCCAUUUCCAGUAAGAGUGCAUAUGCCAUACCUACCAUGGCUUUUUCUUUUUUGUGCCACACCUCAGUUCUGCCCAUCUACUGUGAGCUUCGAAGGCCUUCAAAAAGCAGAAUGCAAAAAGUAGCGAACACAGGAAUCGCCUUCAGCUUUCUAAUGUACCUGGUGUCAGCUAUCUUUGGAUACCUCACCUUUUUUGACGAGGUCGAUUCUGAACUUCUCCAAGGUUACGGCCAGUACCUGCCACAUGAUGUUGUUAUUAUGACUGUCAGAAUCAGCAUUCUACUGGCAGUGCUAUUGACUGUUCCUCUCAUACAUUUCCCAGCAAGGAAGGCUUUCAUCAUGCUGUGUUUUCCUGGCCGUCCAUUUUCCUGGCUCAUCCACAUUGUGGUCACCAUUGGCCUUGUCACGACCAUUGUUUUGCUUGCCAUAUACGUGCCAGACAUUAGGAAUGUAUUUGGAAUAGUUGGUGCUACUACCUCAACUUGCUUGCUGUUUGUGUACCCUGGGCUAUUCUACCUCAAAAUUAGCAGCGAGAGUUUCAGAUCAUUACAGAAGCUAUCGGCUCUGGCUCUCCUGGUAUUCGGUGUGUGUGUUGGUGUGCUCAGUUUAUCUCUAAUCAUUUCAAACUGGGUUGAGAGUCAGUAGCAUUGCUGAUGCAUUAUGUACAUAGACAACACACUAACAAGUUUAAACAUCUUAAACACACCACUGAAACAAUAUGCUACAUACUCUUCAAAAUCGGCUACAUACGUUUAUCCGAAAGUGUAAUGAUUAUAUUUUAGUGCUGGGAUGAAAAUAGACUUUUCAUUCAUUUUUAAAAUUUGUACUUUUUAUUAUUUUUAUUUCUUAGCAGACGUCCUUAUCCAGAGCGACUUACAAUUGUUACAAGAUAUCACAUUAUUUUUACAUACAGUUACCCAUUUAUACAGUUGGGUUUUUACUGGAGCAAUCUAGGUAAAGUACCUUGCUCAAGGGUGCAGCAGCAGUAUCUCCCACCGGGGACUGAACCCACGACCCUCCGGUCAAGAGUCCAGAGCCCUAACCACUACUCCACACUUAUUUUAAACCUGUACCCCACCAAAAUACCUUUGAAAAAAGGAAGACGGUAAUAUACAGUCAUUUUCUUUGUAUGAUACAGUAUCUAAUGGUAUUCUAAUGUAAUAUUCACUUAAAAAUAUAUAUAUAUUUCUUUGAAUAAGAACAUGGUUAUUUUUGUUACAUUUCAGAGAAAGUUAAUUCCAGGAUUUAUACAUUUGUUUAAAUCUGUGAUCUCAGAUUCUAUAAAUUAUGUGAUCAGUAUAUACACAUGCUGCUUGAAAUCUAUAUCCAUAAAUUCCUACUGUCUUGACAAUUUAGCACAAAUUCAUGUGGGUGUAUAUUUUGCCUUGUCCUUUCAGAUGAGGACUGGCACAGUUGUCAUUACAACUCCAACCAGUACUUUAAAUUUAUAGCAUACAAUAUAAAGUGCAAUUGCUUUUAAGUACACUGCACAUUGACCACAUAUACUGUAAACCCUAUUUUAUAAGUGUGCCAUUCAUUUACAGCUAUUUUCACUAAAUCCAUUUAAUAAUCUCUUAACUUUUACUGUCUACUACACCUGUACAACACAACAGUUUGGUUAUGUGGUUUACAGUAAUGCAAUCCAUAUUCUCAGGGAUUAUUUUAAUAGGUGACAACACAAUAAUGCUGUUACAUGUUCUAAGAAUAUGUUCUUCCUGUGCAGUUCUGAAAACAUUCUGUAUGUAAAUCUAAACUAGUUGCUUUUAGAAGACAUCUGUAGUUCUGCUUCAUUGCAAUGAGGGCUGGCCCAAUUAGAAGGGUAACAUUGAGACUAUUAACAAGGCAUACAAACAGGCAAUGUAUUUGGGUGCUGGACUAGAACAUAGCUUGAGCAGUCUCAAUGAGUAUGGUAAACAUCAAGAGAUUUGGAUUCAUAAGUAAUUCCAAUUUAUUAAACACCUGUAAUAGAGAGAGAUUUUUUUUUUACUGAAUUAAAAGGGAUCAUAUUAUAAAUAGGAUUUAAUAUUAUUUUGAAUAUCACCCCUCCGCCUCCAAAAAAAAAGCAUAUUUAUGUAAUUAAUAUAUAUA